ACUUUGUCUCAAGUUCUCCCAGAGCUUUCUCGUCCUCACCGCGACUGGCGUCCCGAGCCCUCUGCGGCCCCGACAAUAUUCAGAAACCCCCCGUGCAGCCCCGCCCCCUCUGGACCGCCGAGGGCCCUCGGACGCCCCUCAACUCCCCUGCCCCCUAAAAUCUCUUUGAUUCCUCAACUGUCCCGUAGGCCCGCAGGACCCCUCCAUGGCCAGGUCGUACGGCGGCCGGGUGCUGGCCGCGAUGAUCCUUUUGGGCAUCCCCGCGGCCGUGCUGGCGGCGCUGGGCGCGCAGCUGCUGUUCCAGCUGCAGGCGGGCCGCGCGGAACUUCGAGGACCGCGAAUCGACGGGCUGGGCCCGGAGCUGGGCGCCGGCCCUGGGCUGCCGGAGGACGCGGCCGGGGCGCUGCUGCCGCUGGCAGCCGCGCUCGCCGCGCUCGCCUUGGUGCUCGGUCUCACCUGCCUGCUUCUCGCCGCGCUCUGCGGCCACCUGGGCGCCGAGAUGGCGCGGGGACCGGGCCCCGGCAGGUCUGACUGGUUUCUCUAUGACUGCCGCCUCCUCAGACAUGUGGCCCUCGGCCUCUUCUGUUGUGGGGUCUCCGUCUACUUAGCAGCACUGUCCAUCUACGCCCUGCUUCUCUUCGAGAUCGAGACAGGUGCAGCAGCUGCCUCCAUCCUUGGCUUGGGUGCUGUGGUCCUGGUGGCGGCGCUGACCCACACUCUACUCCGGGCCGCCCGGGCCACCCGCCGUGGCCUCCAUGAGCUGUCCCCACCGCACUUUGAAGACGACCCUGUCUGCCCUGCUGAAGUCUCCAAGGCCAGCCCCAGGGCUCAGCCCCAGCAGGAUGAGGAAACCGAGGCCCAGAGAGGGGCAGUGAUUCACCAAGGGUCCCACGGCCAGUAUUGAGCAUCAGAGCCAGGAUUCGAACCCGGGUCCCGUAACCCCCAUGCUGCUGAUAGUGCAAGUCUCAGACUCUGCGACUCCUUCCGGGCUGUGAGCGUUUGAAACCUGUGUGUGCGGAGCUCAGAGCAGCCCAGGGCCAUGGACGCACCUGGAGGCCUGGACCCAGACUCCUGGCUGUGGGCCUGUGGCUGAGGGCUUCACCGCUCUGUGUCUCAGUUUCCUGGUCUGUAAAAUGGGAACGGAAGCGGUCCCUCUUCCUAAGGCUCCCGUGAGACUCUGUGUGAGCCAUUCCGGGGCCUGUGCAUAGCAGGUCCUCAAGGCGUGUCAACCUGUGCUUCUGUCAGUCGGGGUGCCUGGUGGCAGGAAAAGGUGGGUUGAUGGCCAGUUUCUGGAACUCUUGGAACUGACAGGGCUUGGAGUGGAUAACUCAGAGCCUCAGGGGGUCUCCGGAGGCCCUGGCCCCAUCCCCGUCCUGCGCAACCUGAAAAUAAACUCCAUGUCACUAUUUCCA